UAUGAGAAAUCUCUCUGCUCCCAAUUACCGUUUUUUAUUUAUUUUAUUUAGCUUUCCCUGAAAAAUGGUUAAUUACCAAAUAAAUGUAUAGAUACAUAUAAGAGAUAAUUAUAUGUAAAGGAGGCAUCACCGUCGUCGUCGUCCUAACAUGCUCCAUCUCCUCCUUCUCUCCGACGAAGAACAUUCCACCACCAAUAGCAUGCCCCCUUCCUCCUCCGCCUCUAGAUCCGCCGCCAAUCACAGCUCCUCCUCCUCUCUCCACCUCUGCAAGCACUCUCCUUCCGCGACUCUCGACCUCCUAAUCCUAAUCCUCGUCCUCUUCUCCGGCGCUUUCCUCCUCUCCUCUUACUUCUCCUAUCUAUUCCACUCCUUCUCUCUCCUAUCCUCUCACUUCCCUUCCCUCUCCUCCUUGAUCUUCUCCGACGAUGAAGAUCUAUCUCCGAUCCCUCCGGCGUCCUACUUCUUCGCCUUCGCCGUCUUCUUCGCCGCUUCGAUUGCGUUUCUCGACCUAUGUUGUGGACCCAGAUCGAGGAAGUGUAAGAAUCCCAAGUGUAAAGGUUUGAAGAAAGCGAUGGAGUUUGAUUUGCAAUUGCAGACGGAGGAAUGUGUUAAAUCUGGAGCUACUAAGGAGAUCGAUCGAUUGCCAUGGAAAGGAGGAAGUGAGAGCAAUCCUGAUUACGAGUGUUUGAGGGCUGAGCUUAGAAGGAUGGCUCCGCCUAAUGGCCGUGCUGUUUUACUUUUCCGAUCUAGAUGUGGUUGCCCUGUCGCUAAGCUCCAAGGUUGGGGACCUAAACGAGGCCGCCGUCAUAAAAAAUCGCAAGCGAACUUGGCUCUAAAGGGAGGGGUAGACCAUCGCUGAUCAGGUCGAUAGGAACUCUUCAAUCUAUCAUUAUAGAUUUAUCACAUUCGAUGUUUGCAUAGUUCAUCUUGGAAACUAGAGAAUUCCAGACAGCUUUGUUUGCGGAUUUUUUAAUUUCUUUUACCUUAGAAAUGUCCCAAUAUUACAACUUGAACACUUAACUUUUUAUUGAACUACCUCACAUACCACGCAAAAAAGGCAGAAUCAUAUUUUUCACUUAUGAACUACACUACAUGACAUCGCUGCACUUCCUCCUACGAAUUUGUUUAGGCGAUGGAUUUCUCUAUGUCGUGUUUGCUUGUCUCUUGCUUCUGAUCUGCUGAUUUCAUUGCAAAUCUACAAAAUCUCGAUGAGGGUUAGCUGUUUCAUUAAGAAUGUUGGUGUCUUUGGCGUUGGAACUGCUGUAAUUUGUUUAGAUCUCAUUUUGUUCAGUCCCUUGGAUUCUGGAACUUGCGAAAAAA